AUGGAAGAGUCCUGCAUGGCAUCCAAGUGUCCCCCACAUAAACACUACGUGUCACCACCUCCUCUAUCCACAUGUCAAACCAGGCAAACCACCCCCUCCCUCCCCCAUUAUAUGCCCUCUCAAAUCCCCUCUGGUUUUCAACCUCCUUCAAUUCCCACUGCCAUGAAUAAAGCAGUUCCACUUCUCUAUCCAUCAAGAAACACAGCAACGAGACUACUUCCACUUCUGUCACUUAAUGCACUCAACAGAAACCGUCUAGCAACCAUGACCGGCGGCGCAUCGUCCGAUAAGCCCCCACCGGAGUUCCCCGCGGCGCCGCCUCCGGAUAAGGACCCAGAGUCGCCUGAAGCCCCUAGCGUCCCCGAUUCCGACCGGACUCCGUCGGAGAUCCCUUCUGACACGCAGCCACGGGAGAGUGUGCCGCGGCACGACCCUUACGUAGCCGGCCCCGAAUCGCCUAAUCCUCGGCAACAACAGAGCAGAGUGGUUCAGCCCCACGGCGCUAAAGUCCAGACUCCCAUCCCGCCGGAGCCGGAACAUGUAACCUCAGCUUAA